UUGUAAAUUGUGACUUCUAAUUUCGAAGAAACUUCUAAAGUGCGAAGUAUUUUUUAUUCCUUUAAAAAAAUACCAAAACGGCUGUAAAAAAUUCUGCCUUAUUAGUGUUGGUUAUAAGUAAAUUUAUUACUGAAAUUAUAAUAAGUGUUAAAGUCAACUAGUAUUGCAUAAUUAAGUCACAGUGUCCAUAGUUCUCACUAGGUGAAGAGUUAUAAAACUAAAACUUCUUGAAGUUUCCAUGCUUUUUCACGAGGAAUGGAUGUUAUACGUCAACAGCCCAGCACUUCCAAAAGUGGCCAGUAAAGAAGCCGGGCGCAGAGGCCGCAGCCUUGCGCCAUGACGCGUUACGGACAUGGCAGCGGGUCGAACGCGAGCUCGACGUCGUACGAGUUGACGGUGGGGGCGGGAGCGGGAGCGGGACCGGGAGCGUGCGACGACAUGGCCGGAGCGGGAGCGGUUCUCAGCUUACAACCACACGCGCCCCACAACCCACCACCAGAUCCACGGAAGAGGAAGAACCAGCAAUAUUGCAGUUCGGAUGGUUACGGGCUGGUUUGCGAGGUACCGAUGUCUGGACAUGCCGCUGUCGUGCCGCAGAUCGCGACUACCAACAGGAAACGGAAACCGUCAUCCUACGGCACGGCCAGCGCUUAUGACGAUGACGGCUCCGAAGACACGCGCUCGAGAAGCACCGUACCGGAUAAGAGGCAGAACCACAGCGAGAUCGAGAAACGGCGCCGCGACAAAAUGAAUACUUACAUAUCAGAGUUGAGCUCCAUGGUGCCCAUGUGCGGUGCCAUGGCUAGGAAGCUGGAUAAGCUGACGGUCUUACGCAUGGCGGUGCAGCAUCUGCGCUCGGUGAGGGGAGCCCUGUCGGCCGGCCCGCUGACGGUCAGGCCGCGCCCAGCCUUCCUGUCAGAGACGGAACUGAACGCGUUGGUACUCCAAGCUGCCAGGGAUUGCUUCCUGAUGGUUGUCGGCUGCGAUCGAGGCCGUCUCCUCUACGUUUCCGCUUCCGUCUCAAGAAUGCUGAACUAUGAUCAGUCGGAGCUGAUAGGUCAGAGCCUUUUCGAUAUGCUGCAUCCAAAAGACGUCGGCAAGGUGAAGGAGCAGCUCUCAUCAUCCGACCUCAGUCCGCGAGAAAGACUAAUCGAUGCUAAAACCAUGCUGCCGUUGAAGCCGGAUGUCGUUGCCGAUGCGUCUCGACUGUGUCCGGGAGCACGGCGCUCGUUCUUCUGCCGCAUCAAGUGCCGUACUGAGCCUAGCCAGGCCAGCCAGAGCAGCCAGUCUAGCCAGGCCUGCCAGCCGUGCACAAACACCCAGCCCAGCGAGGUCAAGGAGGAGGAGCCCAACUCCAAGAUGAAGAAAAAACAGGCGCAUGAGAAGAAAUACUGCGUUGUUCAAUGCACAGGGUACCUGAAGUCCUGGGCCCCGGCUGAGAUGUCUGACGGUUGCUGCACGGACGCCGGGUCUGAAGAAGAAUCCUGUAAUCUGUCGUGUCUGGUGGCUGUGGGGAGGGCACUGGCUGAUCUCGCCCAGCAUCCCGACUCCGCCCCACAAACGAGAUACCUUCAGUACAUCUCCAGACACGCCCCCGAUGGGAAAUUCCUGUUCGUUGAUCAGAGGGUAACUAUAGCUCUCGGCUUUCUGCCUCAAGAGCUUCUGGGCACGAGCAUGUACGAGUAUAUUUUGGCCCCGGAAUUGGGCUCCGUGGCUAGGAUCCACAAAGCGGCGUUACUGAGACGCGACUCCCUCAGGACCCCUCCCUACUGUUUCAGGAAAAAAGACGGCACAUACGUCAGAAUACAGACCCAUUUCAAACCCUUCAAGAAUCCGUGGACCAAGGAUGUAGAAAGCCUUGUCGCCAACAACACCGUGGUGGUAGGGAACAGGGUCCAACCACCGCCGGAGGAUUGCUCCCAAUAUGACAUUUACAAAAUAAAUGACAUGGAUCGACCCCUGUCAGAAGCUGACGUUGAGAUGCAGAGACUGAUAGACUCCCAAGUUGAGUCCCACAAGAUCGGCUCUACCAUCGCUGAAGAAGCUCUGAGGAGGUCCUCCUCCGAUUUCUCAGAUCUGACUUCCGACCUGCUCCAAGACGCCGUCUUCAGUCAACAGUCGUCGCUCGUGGACAAUAUCCUCGGCGGGGAGGUGAACUACUCCAACCAGGUUCGCAACAACGUCCCUCUGAGCGCUGCCGGCGGCAGUUCGCCAUCACCGGAAGCCGAGCUGCCGCUCAGCCCCUUACCAGUGUCUCCUCCCCUCCCCCCUCUCGGAUUAGACGGCAAUGGUGAGGCUGCCAUGGCCGUCAUCAUGAGCCUGCUAGAAGCCGACGCUGGCCUUGGAGGACCGGUCAAUAUCUCUGGACUCCCAUGGCCCCUACCUUAGAUGUCUUCGGAUUGGUCUCGUGCACCGUCAAUCGCCAUUCCGUUACUUGUGUAGUUCCAGUACGUGGUUUGAUGUGUCAAAUUGUCUCUUCCGUCUCUUCCCGUCAUUGAAUAGUUACCAAAUAUUUCUUUGAUGUUUUUUAUUAUACAAUAUUUCGACCAAUAUAUUUCUAUAUAGACGUGUAAAACUCUCGACUGAAGCGACUUCUCUGUCCAUCGUGAUUUAUUUCUAUUAGGACGUUUACAAAAAUUAUACACUUAUCUAUAUUAUACACUCAUAUACUUCUGUGUGCCGGAUGUCUUUGGUGAUCCGCGGAUCGUCUCGUCCGACCAGGACCCGGAAUGUACUAGCGAGGUAGAAGUGAACGGAUCAUUUAAUUCAUGUUGGAAAUAUAUGACCAUCGUAACAUGACACCUCACAAUAUUCCUCUUACAUUCCGGCACAUUAUUUAUAUCGGUGAGAAGGGUAGACAGAGCCAAUGGGCGAAGCUUUAAAUUCAUAUAUUUAAUAUAUCCCGACAUUUAAUUGUACAUUAUACUUUACCCGCGGUUCCGCUCGCACAGUACCGCCAUCUAUCGACUGUCGCGUGCUCUGUUGCUAAGUAAAAGGAUAUCGGUGUUUAUAUUUUCAAUGUGGACUGUAGCUGAAUACAUGUAUGGUAAAUUGAUUCACAAUGAUUUUGAUAUGAAUGUCUUUUACAGCAUGAUCUAUUGAAAUCUUCGUAGCACGUAAUUAUCGUCGUCUGUUCUAUCAAAUAAAUAGUAUGUGGCUCGUAGUUAGUGUUAUCAGGUGGCCAUUUAUUUUAACUCUAGUUGAAACGUGCAAUCUAUGUAUGUAUAAUAAAAUUAAUACAAUGUCUAUUUCUACAGUUCAUGUACCGCGAGUAUCGUUUAGAUUUGUUUUGUAAAUAUUAUAGGUAUGGGUUAGUUAAUUUUUAAAUCACUAUUAAAAUCAGACCUGUCGAGUUACUGGGCCAAGUUAAACAAACGUACAACCGAAUAGUGAUGUGACUCACUCGGAUAUCGAUAGCACAGUAACGUGGCAUCUGAUUAGUAUAACAUAUACGUGAUCGUUUUAUUAUUUCAAACAUUCUGUUACAAAACGCUCGAGUUACAAUUCUAUGUUGUUGAUUGAAGUUUUUUUUAUUUGUUUAAGUUUAAUUUUUUUUAAUUAUAUAAUAGUGUUCAAAA